CAUCGCGCUGCGCCGCCAGGAACUGGUGCAGCUUCAUCCCGGCGAAGAAGAGCUGACCGUGCGGCGGCUGCAUUUGGUGCGCUCGCACGACAGUUACUUACAAGGGGGCUUUAAAUACACCCCCAGAAAUGUGCGCCUAGCUUUCGGCGCCGCAUUAUUCACGACCACGGAGCUGACAUUAAGCCACGAAAAAGGUGUUUACCAUACCAGACGACGCGCCGAAAUUCCGGGGUUGUUCCACUUCUCCAUUCAGAGAAGAUGGAGGGUCUGCACCCGCACUGCCUUAAAUGCAUCAACCGGAGGUGCAUGGUGCGGCCAGAGGCGGGCCUCUCCUGUGACCUCAUCGGCUGCCCGCUGGUGUGCGGCGCCGUCUUCCACGCGUGCAAGCUGCCCGAGCACCGCCUUCUGUGUCCGUACGAGCGCCUGCCCUGCCUCAACAAUGGCUUCGGCUGCCCCUUCGCCGUGGCCCGGGCCAAGAUGGCGCAGCACCUGGAGACCUGCCCCGCCAGCAUCGUGUGCUGCACCAUGGAGUGGAACCGCUGGCCCGUCAGCUACGCCGACCACAAGUCCUACGAGAACCUGAGCCGGGACUUUGACGAAGUGGAGCAGUUGGACAUGGCGUUGGCCCUGCAGGACCAACGCAUGCUCCUGGAAUCCCUCAAGGUCACCACCACCGUGUCUAAGGACGGCAAGGGGGACAUCGACAAGAUGGCCACGACUUCCGACGGCGAGGCAACCAACGGGUCGGUGGAGAUGGAGGAGGAGGAGCCAUACAGCGACUUGUACCGAGCCUCGGUGGAAACGAGCCGGAGCUUGGCGGCGGCUUUGGACAUCCUGGCGCACUCCAAGGGCGUUGUCGGUCUCAGCCUGGAAAACGGCGGCGCAGGGAAGAAUGUGGACAUGCGCGAGAGUGACUCUGACUCAGAGUGCGAGCUGGGGGCGGUGGGCGGCGUGGAUGAGGAAGACUGCACUCUCGCCUGGCCGGGGGAGGACGAGGAUUUCGUGGAGUUGUUUUUUGACGACAAAGAAGACUCCAUCAAAGACCCGGCGGAGGAGGAAGUGCCGGAGCCCGCGUGGCCUGAGGCGCCUCAGGUGUACGCGCCCGUCGUGGUGCCGGACCCCCAAGCGGAACCGCUCGCCGCCCCCGUGCCCUUCGUACUCUCGGACCAGGUAAGGAACAACUUUUUGCACCAGCUACCCACCGAGCUCAGGUACCGCUGCCUGGAGCGCAAACUCCUUCUGCGCGGCAUCAGCAUGUUUACGUUCAACGGCCGCCGCGCCCUGCUCUCGGACCCGUACCUCUUCCGGGCCAAGAUGGAAGACAAGGCGGUGGACACAUCGGACCUGGAGGUGCCCGACGACCCCAUGGGCCUGCACGGGAUCGACCUGAUCACGGCCGCCUUGCUCUUUUGCUUGGGCGACUCGCCGGGGGGGCGCGGCAUCUCCGACAGCCGCUUUGUGGACGGCUACCACAUCGACUUCGGCACGCAGACCUUUUCCUUCCCCUCCGCCAUCCUGGCCACCAACACCAUGGUGGGCGACAUCGCGUCCGCGUCGGCGUGCGACCACGCCAACCCGCAGCUGUCCAACCCCAGCCCCUUCCACACGCUGCGCCUGGACCUGGUGCUGGAGUGCGUGGCGCGCUACCAAACCAAGCAGCGCUCCAUGUUCACCUUCGUGUGCGGCCAGCUGUUUCGCCGCGACGAGUUCUCUUCGCACUUCAAGAACGUCCACGGCGACAUCCACGCCGGGCUCAACGGCUGGAUGGAGCAACGCUGCCCCCUGGCGUACUACGGGUGCACCUACUCGCAGAGGCGCUUCUGCCCUUCCGUGCAGGGCUUCCGCAUCAUCCACGACCGCCACCUGGGCUCCUUCGGCGUACAGCCCGGCCUCCCGCUGAAAAGUGGCGAGCAACCGCCGAGGAGCGCCCACCCGCGCCCGGGCUCCAAGUGCGACCAGCUCAGCGGUCUGCCCUUCGAGGUGCUGCAGCACGUGGCCAGCUUCCUAGACAGCUUCAGCCUGUGUCAGCUGUCAAGGACGUCGCGCACCAUGCGGGACGUGUGCGCCAGCCUCCUUCAGAUGCGCGGCAUGGUCGUCCUGCUGUGGGAGAAGAAGCGGCGGGAGGACGGCUCACCGUCGUGGCAGAUCACCGACAAGGUGUGGCGAUUCAGCACCGCCUUCGGCACAGUGAACGAGUGGAAGUUCGCCAACAUCACCAGCAUGGCCGACCACCUGAAGAAGUGCAAGUUCAACACGGUGGCGCGGCGCGAGGAGGCCAUCCCACUGCCCUGCAUGUGCUUCACUCGGGAGCUGACCAAGGAGGGCCGCUGUUUACGGUCUGUGCUCAAGCCUGUGGCCUAACUCCGGAACGUCAACUUCUCCUUCUCUAUGAAAAGCCGUUUGACAAUUUAUUCCAGAUCGUUGAUAUCCAGCUUGCGGUCCAUAUCCACUACCUUCCUUCACCCCAGAGGCGGACAUUCUGCCAUAGUUUCACUAAAGCUCCUGAAGCCCAAGGUCAGGUCAGCGCAAGCCCACGGGGCUGUGCCCGCUAUGAUUGUGCCCGCUAGUGCACGACUAAUACGUGGCACUUCGCCUUCUGUCUAUGAUUGGGGCACAAAAUGGCACCAGAGAGGGUUGAUAUGUUGUUUUAUUUUUUCGGGGUGGGGGGGGGUUGCACUAGUAGGCACAGUUGUUCUGCAAGUGCACCCUAGUGGUUCUACUAGUGUACUGAAAUGUACACGGACUGGGUAUCAAGGAUAUGGAAUAAAUGCUCAAACGGCUUUCCAUACUCAAGUGUUUACAGAAAAACAUCCCGAACUUCACCUCUUCUCCGAAAAAUUAGCACAUCCACAACCACGCCACUGUUGUGUAAAUAAAAUCUCACGCUCUGAUGUUUAUUUUUAUAGCAAACAAAAGUCAGUACUGUGCAUACGUCGUCUGUGGAGGACGUAAGUGUCGCGGCUUUAUUUCUAUACAGCAACACCGACCAAACAUCUGUGUUUGCAAAAUAUUUGACGUCGUCAAGCACUUUGACCUCUGCGACGUUACCUCCCAGCUAAUAGCGCUGGCACGCUAAGCAAAGGCGAGGGACGGCCACGAUCUGCCAACUUGAAUCUGAAAAUGUAGCAAGUUAAAAAAAAAAAAAAAAAACAUCAGAGUGUUUUCAAAUGGCGAGCGUCAGAAGAAGAAAACAAAACAACCGCCCGCAGGCACGGGACGUCGAAUAAUGAACCUCACUGUAGCUGUGUAGCACGCUAAAAUAGUUAGCGGAAUCACAACGUUUCACGUGACGUCCUUGAAGUCGGAGGGAAAUGACAAAAGGUAAAGUGAGAUUGAUAAUGUUUCAACAAAGAUGGGGAAAAAACUGCAAGUUGUGGGCGGUGCAAACUAACUCUGAAAAUAUUUGAUUUUCUUUUUUCUUUUUUUUUCUUUUUUAGCCAAAGUCAAAUUCUGAAAAAUUGUAGGUCAAAAGAAGUCUCAAAUAUUUGAGAAAUAUUUCACAUGGAUAGAACGUUACAUUUUUCAGAUUUUUUGGGGGGGAAGGUGUAUAAAUAUUAAAAACUCGGUAUUUCUCUGAAACUGUUUUGAAACGUUAACAUUUUUAUUUCAAUCAAAAAGUUUUUAUUUUUAAUAAUUUUCAUUAAUUUCUGAUUUGGGGCGGGGGGGGUCAAAAGAAAUGUUAUAAGAAAUGUUUCAUGUGUCAGAAAAAAAAUAUUCCGAAAAAUAUUUCAGAAUUGUUUUUGGUGUAGUUUUGGAAUAAAGUUUGAAAUAUUUCUCGGGAGAAAAUAUUCUGAAAUGGUUUCAACAUUUUUAUUUUAAACCAAAGAGUUCCUUUGAUCCAGUAGUUUGGGGGGCAGGGGGGUAUACUUUUUUUGUGAACAAAAGUUUUGGUAUAGGAAAAAACUAUCCACAAUAUUUCUUUAAAAUAAGAAUUUGAAAUCUUUUUUUUUUUUCAUCCAAUCUCAAAAAUUUAUUUGAAACAAAAUAAACUGAAAUAUUUGUAUUUCCAUCCGCCCUAAAAACCUGAAAUUCUCUUUGGCUUUUUUAUUUCUAAAAAAAAAAAAAAAAUUCUUUUCAAGGUCGAUCUUUCAAUGCCAAACUUUUUCUCUUGAUCCAAUUCUUUCAGAAAUGUAUUUGGUUAAAAAAAAACAACUGAAAUUCCUUUAGAAUAUGAAAUCAAAAUCUAUCAGAAAUAUUUUUAUUUUGAUUAAAAAAAGUCCUGAAAUAAAGUUUUCAUCCAAUAAAACCUUUUCCGUCAUUUCUUUUUUUUUUUUGUAUUUAAAAAAAAAAAAAAUACACAACAAAUGUUUUUCAUUUCAUCCAAAGAUCUGAAAUUUGGCGCCUGCUAAUUUUAUUGUGAAAUAUUGCUAAAGUUAAAUGCGCAGUUAAUCUCACUUUACGUCUUAUGUUACAUUUAGCGGGUAGUGAAAGUGAAGCUAACGAAAGAGUGGGCAAGGCAAUUUUUGCUUAUUUGCUUAUAGUGACAACGAGGCCUCAGUGUUGAAUAUAAAUAACGUAGCGGUGUGUUGCAGUGUUGACAAUUGACAUGAACAGAUUUAUUGUAUGUUUUUAAUAUCGAGUUUGGUCUAGUUUAUUGGUUAAGGAAUGUUUAAAAAAAAAAAAAAAGACGUUUUAUAGGUUAAAGUGUCAGAAAGGACUGAGGUUUUUUUUCUUUUUUUUACUUUUACUGGUACUCUGAAAG